GGUAGUUUACAAGGCCUCCAGUGGCUAGACAGUUUCAGUGACAGACUUAUUCGUUUGGCCCAUGCUGCCUCUACGCAUAGCAACAUGCAGUCUCACCUUAAACUAUUUACACAGUUUUGUAACGACCUCGGUCAUCAGCCUUUCCCCGUUCAAGUCACCACGAUUUUGCGCUAUCUUGCUUUUCUUUCGCUUCAGGUAGAGCUUUCGGCACUAUCCAAAAUCACAUUUCCAGCAUUAAGCAUUUUCACCUGUUAUUAGGUUUUUCCCCCGGAUGGGAUUCGGCCUAUUUAUUUCAAUUAGCUUUACGGGGAUCUAAACGUUUGCUUAGGACGUCACCUUUUCGUAAACUCCCUAUCACUCCCAAAUUGCUUUUAUCUAUGGCUCGUUUGUUCAAUCUAGGAAACCCUCUCCACGCGGCCAUGUGGGCGCUUUUUUUAGUUGCCUUUUUCUCCUUUCUCCGCAAGUCUAACUUAGUGGCGGAUUCUCUUAGCGCGACUUCCGAUAAGCUACCUCGUCGCUGUGAUUUCGUUUUAGCCCCCGAGGGGGCUUUUUUGCAGAUACGCGCCACUAAAACUAUUCAAUUUAAACUGCGUAUUUUGUCGAUUCCGCUGCCAUUCAUUCCAAACUCUCCACUCUGCCCUGUCUCUGCAUUAAUCAACCAUUUUCGCCUCAAUCGUCUGGCUUCGUCC